AAAACCUUAGCAAAGCCCUAAGCUUGAACACAAACAGAGGGAAGCAAAAGCCUCUGCAAAACACAAUGGAGGGCACGCAAGAAAACGGCGAAACCAGCGUCGAAGAGCGAGUCAAUCCUCCGGCCAGCGGUCUCUCGAAAACCGCGCAAAAGAAGCAGUUGAAACAACAGAGGUACGAAGCGAAGAAGGCGGAGAAGAAAGCGCGGAUGAAGGAGGAGAAGAAGAGAGAAGGCGAGAGAAAGCGAAAGGAAUGGGAAGAGAAGCUGGCGAGCGUGACGGAGGAGGAGAGGUCUAAGUUGAUCGAGUCGAGGAAAGGUAUGAGGAAAGAGAGAAUGGAGAAGCGGUCGGAAGAGAGAGGAAAGAAGAUCCAGAGAUUGAACGAAGCUAAAGAGAAGGGUCAAAACAUUGUUAUUGAUCUUGAAUUUUCUCAUCUCAUGACUGCUAGUGAAAUUCACAGCCUUGUUCAACAGAUUAUGUAUUGUUAUGCAGUAAAUGGAAAGUGUGAGACUCCGGGUCAUCUGUGGUUGACAGGAUGCAAGGGAGAGAUGGAGAGCCAAUUGAACAGGCUUCCAGGGUUUGAUAAAUGGAUAAUUGAGAAGCAAAAUGGAUCAUACAUUGAAGCAUUACAAGAUCGGAAGGACAAUCUUGUGUAUCUUACAGCUGAUUCGGAAACAGUGUUGGAUGAUCUGGAUUUAAGUAAAAUUUAUAUUGUUGGUGGGUUAGUGGAUAGGAACCGUUGGAAGGGUAUAACUAUGAAGAAAGCACAAGAGCAAGGAAUUCAAACAGCAAAGCUCCCGAUAGGAAAUUACUUGAAGAUGUCCAGCUCUCAGGUCCUCACCGUGAACCAAGUGAUUGAGAUUCUCCUCAAGUUCUUGGAAACAAGGGAUUGGAAGGCUUCUUUCUUUCAAGUAAUUCCUCAAAGGAAAAGAUUUGAAGCCGAUUCAGAACCCAAUUCAGAAGCCAAAUCAGAAGAACAUCAAGGAGAAGAAGAUGGUGGAGAGUCUGAGGAGGAAGACUAUCAAUCUGAGAGAAAAAAGAAGUGUAUCGAAGCUACUUCUGAUGGCUAAAAAACACUUAAUUGACUGGAAAAUUUUGCUUUAUUUGCAAUCUCAACCAUAUUUGUCUUUGUAGUACUGGAUAUCAAUUAGUGAAAAUGAUUCUUUGGUCCUUUGUGACCAGUUCUGAAAAGUUUUUGGCAUCCCCUUUUUAUGUGGCUUUGUCAAGCAAUAGCUUCAUGGAAGCAUUAGCAAACAAAGAAUGUAUUGUCAUGAAUAUUUGGUGAGUUUUUGUAAGGCUAAAAUAACAAAAUUUCAUUGUUCAUAUGAAGUUUCUCAUCA